AUGUUUAGGUUAAAUUUUACUGCUGAAUCACGUCGAUUCUGGGUUCAAAUAAGAAAAGCUCAAUUUGUAAAUCCAAAUGCUGAUAAUCGUAUUUUUCAAAAUCUAGGUGGAGAAUUGACAUUAAGUGAACAAAUGAUAAGAUUUAGUGAAAUCACGAGUACGAAAAGAAAUGAAUUUAUUAAAGCAACAUUAAUUAAAAAAACACCUUUAGGCAUUUGGCAUCCAAUUUCCAUAACAUGUGAUGAGGCAAAACUUCAAAAAAGCGAAGGCUCUUUAAAAAAAUCAGAAAUUUUAUUUAUUAUUAUCUCUUUAAUUCCUUCUUUAGAUGAUUCAGAUCGAUCGUGCUUUCGUGGUUUAUCAAAUAAGUCCCGUGAAGAAUUAGUAAAUAUUCUUCAAGAAGUCAAAAAUAUAUUAGCUGAAAAUAAUAUUAGUGUUAGCAAAGAAUAA